GGAACCAGCCACAAAUAGAUGCAGUAAUUAUAUCUAUCAUAUCUGGCCGCUAAGCUCAACAACAAGGAAGAUACUCUAUCGCUCGAUCAAUCUGAAUCAGUGCCUUUCGUCUCAAAUGGAGGAACAAGGUUGCACUCUGCCCCCAUUGUCGGACUUCCUGCGUUCGGCCGAUACAAACACACCUACGAGCGAGCCCUCUCCGACUUCAAAAGAUACUCCUUUCAUCAAAGGUCACAGACUUUACUAGCUCAAUACAUGGAUGAUUCGCUUAUAUUCUUAUAGCUGCUUCCUCUUCACAGAGUCUUGGCCGAGCUGGCUCAGAUUGGGCCAAGCCGCCAUCGCUUCUAUUUACUCCCACAUGUCCCAUGAGCAUAGAUGCUUCUUUCCAUGGCUCCAGAGAGACCACCCGACCACUCGAAGUCGAUACGCGCCGUCAAGCAGUGGAAACGGCUGUUCCUCCAGCAACACUUCCCCGUGUCUAUCAUCAACAACUACAUCCCGCAGCAUACGCCAACUCAUCGCUAGCACGGGCGUCUCCUGCCGCUCAGGUACCGGUGAUGAAGCUAUCCAACAAACGCCCUCGCCUACCUGAAGACAAUGCAUUAGGCGGUAACGGGCCCGUUAAUAAUUAUUCUUCGUCGUUAGUUCCGGCAAAAAAAAGCAAUACACGAGCCUCCCAGGCGUGUGACAGUUGUCGGCAGCUGAAGGUCAAGUGCGACGAGACAAAACCAUGUAAAAGUUGCAAGGAAAAAGGUCAUGAAUGCAAGUACGGUGACCCAGCACCGAAGACUACCAAUAAAGCUCAAGCCGGUUUUUCAGCAUGUAUAGGGCAAUUAGAUCAGAGAUUGACCGCGGUGGAAGCGAUAUUAACCAAGCAUUUGGCGACAUCAGAGCCCAAGCUGGAGCCGUCAGUGGAAGAUGAGGAUGGUCGUGCGCCCGUAUCGUCUUUUGCCACCAAUGAUGCUUCUACCGACCCAGCGAACUUCAGAUCCAUAGCUACACCCGUACUAGAGAGAAGACCUUCAAGUGCCCCACGGUGAUUGCGAUAAGGCUUUCAGCGGACACAGCAACAUGAAGCGCCAUGAAAGGCAGUUUUACAAGUCCGAUUUAAUUGGUAGGAGUUGAGAAAUACAUGUUAAAAAGACGAGACCGUCCUACAACAAGGGACGAAUUAGAGAAUAAGCCUUAGGCGAUCUUGCGUCCCAGAGUGG